AUGUUAUUUGGAGUUUUCUGUUAGUUUUUACUUUUCAGGUUAUUAUAUGAUAGUUUAUGAGGAAGUUUUGGACUAGUUAUUACAUAUCUAGUAAAAGUUGUUUUCGGCUGAGUUUUUAUCAUUUAUGUUGUAUAUAUCAUGUUAUAGUCACCAUUAUGCGUGGUAUAUUCAAAAAUGAUGACAAAUAGUUAAAAAAUUGUUUUUGAAGAUUUAAAGAAUCUUAAUAUUAAUAUAUAAAGAACUCUAUUGCUGUUAGAACUCGUACUAUGAAACUAGAAGGAUAACAUUGAUCUAGAUCACACCUAUUAUGUGUCUAUGUCGCUUCCUCAAUAUUGUGAAACAUGAUGUUUGGCUGUUCUUUGAGCUCGGGGUCUGUGGUCAUUUCGAGGUGAAAGAACUGGCAUUUAUAAAACGAGCGGGAUGGGGAAAUGCACGGAGACUUUGCUUUUUUCGGUCGAAGCACGUGGGGGGGGAUUAAAAAUGGAACGACGAAUCGAACGUUUCUUUGUGUUUAUUUAUUUUUACUAAAGUAAUGAAGGUAUGGGGAUUGUAGAGCAUGUAAUGUAGUAUCUUUUUGGAAAGUUUUGUGGAUAUAAACAUGAUUUGGAAGGAAUUACAACGGUUUUGCGUGAAUUUUUUGAUUUUUCGACCAAAAUUUUAAAUUUCUUAGUUUUUUUUGUCUAUAUCUCUAUUUCUUUCUCAUUUUAUUAUGCAUAUGACUUGUAAAUGAUAUUAAAAUACGCUUAUUUUCAUAUUUAUAAAAUUUUGAUAAUUGUUGAUUUCAGACCUCAUCAUGACUGACUCAACGUACGGAAUCGAGACGGAUUCCAUGACUCUUCAGAGAUUCGUUCUCCAAGAACAACGAAAGCACCCUAAUGCUUCUGGAGAUCUGACCGCCUUGUUGUCGUCGUUGUUAACAGCUGUAAAAGCGAUCUCAACUGCUGUAAGGAAAGCCGGUCUGGCUCAGUUAUAUGGAUUUGCUGGUAACACGAAUGUUCAAGGCGAGGAUGUGAAGAAGUUGGAUGUUUUGAGUAACGAACUCAUGAUCAACAUGCUCAAGUCAUCUUACUCGGUUUGUGCUAUGGUUUCGGAAGAAAACGAUGAGGUAAGUAACGGGAAAAGAAUAUUUUUUAUAUGCUUUAUAUGUUAUAGUGGCGUUUUUAGCAAAUAUUUAGUAUAUUGUAGUAGUAUAAUAAUGGUUUUUCGAAAAUUGGUGUUGUAAACAAAGUAUCUGUUUAAAAUUUGAUUUUAUAGUGAAUUUUUCCAGAUUAUAAUGGUGGACGCCAACCGUGAAGGCAAGUAUAUUGUGACCUUUGAUCCUCUUGAUGGCUCUUCCAAUAUUGAUUGUCUUGUAUCAAUUGGCACAAUCUUUGGUAUCUUCAAGCGACCAGAUGACGAUGGACCGUUCGAUCUGAAAGAUGUUCUCCAGAAGGGAGAUAACAUGGUGGCAGCCGGUUAUGCUUUGUAUGGUUCGGCUACUAUGGUUGUUUUGGGCACUGGGGAUGGUGUUCAUGGCUUCACUCUUGAUCCCGUAGGUUUUUUUAAGUUUUUACGGUAUUUUUAACUAUAAGAUAAUAUAUAUUGGAGUUUUUCGUGUUUUAGACGAGUAUAUUAAGGUGGUAGUUGAUUCCUUGUUCUAUUUUAUUAUAAGUUUUACGGUUUCAGAGUGUUGGAGAGUUUAUUCUGACCAAUCCUAACAUGAAAUGUCCAAAGAAAGGUAAAAUUUACUCUUUGAACGAAGGAUACGCAAAGAAAUGGUCGAAAGGAGUCAGUGAAUAUGUCCACACAAGAAAACACCCAGAACAAGGGAAGUCAGCCAUGGGACAACGUUAUGUAGGAUCUAUGGUCGCAGAUGUACACAGGACUUUGCUCUACGGAGGUAUCUUCAUGUACCCCGCAACUUCUGAUGCACCAAAUGGGAAGGUUGGUUUUUUCUUGAUUUUAUAGGUUUUUAAAGUGUUUUAGCUACUUUUGGAUAUUUUUUUUGAUGACAGAUUAUUUUUUAUUUUUGUGUUUACUCGAUGUCAUUUUAGCUUCGUCUGCUGUACGAAUGCAACCCAAUGGCUUACAUUUUGGAACACGCCGGUGGUCUGGCCGUUAAGGAUGCCAAGACCAGAAUCUUAGACAUCCAACCGACAAAGAUUCACGAAAGAGCUCCCAUAUUUUUGGGCUCGAAGGAAGAUGUAGAAGAGCUGGUUGAGUACCUCAAGAAACACGAAUAA